AUGGCGGUGCAUUUAAGUUCCGUCUGUUUAUCAAUUCCUCCAAUGAAUCGCAGUAGAGUUUACAGAGUUAGGGCUGUGGCUUCUGAGGAUUAUGGCACAUUGACAUCACAGGAAGAUAAGGUGAAAUUGGGUGGUUCUGAACUGAAAGUCAGUAGGCUUGGAAUUGGAGCUUGGGCUUGGGGAGAUAACAGCUAUUGGAAUAACUUUGGAUGGAAUGAUAGGAUGAUGAAGGCUGCUAAGGCUGCGUUUAAUGCCAGCGUUGACCGCGGCAUUACCUUCAUUGAUACUGCUGAAGUAUAUGGCUCCUCGUAUGCUUUAGGUGCUAUAAGUUCAGAAACUCUUCUAGGAAGAUUUAUUAAAGAAAAGAAGGCAGUGGAUCCGGGAGUAGAAGUUGCAGUUGCUACAAAAUUUGCUGCUUUGCCGUGGAGGUUUGGUCGUCAAAGUGUCAUAUGCGCCCUUAAGGAUUCCCUCUCUCGCCUUGGUCUUGCAUCGGUCGACCUAUAUCAACUUCAUUGGCCUGGAAUAUGGGGAAAUGAAGGGUAUAUUGAUGGUCUUGGAGAUGCUGUUGAGCAGGGACUUGUGAAGGCUGUUGGUGUUUCAAAUUACAGCGAGAAGCGACUUCGAGAAGCUCAUAAGAAGCUCAAGAAAAGAGGUAUUCCACUAGCUUCAAACCAGGUGAAUUAUAGCCUCAUCUACAGAUUACCAGAAGAAAACGGUGUGAAGGCUGCCUGUGACGAACUUGGAAUCACCUUAAUUGCUUAUUCGCCUAUUGCUCAAGGCGUUCUCACGGGAAAGUACACUCCUGCAAAUCCUCCAACUGGUCCUCGAGGCCGAAUCUAUACUCCAGAGUUUUUAACGAAGGUUGAGAUGCUUGAAAGUUUGAAGAAAUCCAUAAUAUGUUUCACUCUAUUUCUUAAGCAUUUGUUUAAUAUGCAGCUCCAACCUCUUCUGAACCGGAUACGCAACAUAGGACAAAACUACAAUAAAACACCCACACAGGUAGUGUUGAACUGGUUAAUAGCACAAGAAAACGUUGUGCCAAUCCCGGGAGCAAAAAAUGCAGAACAAGCUAUUGAAUUUGCAGGUGCAUUAGGUUGGAGAAUAUCCAAUGAAGAAAUCUAUGAACUUCGCUCCUUGGCAUCAGAAAUCAAGCCUGUUAUUGGUUUCCCUGUUGAGAAGCUCUAAAUUAUUGAUGAAUAGAUAUGAAAAUUUGUACUGGAAUUUAGUUUUAUUUCACAACUUUCCACUUUUCUUGCAAGAUGUUUAGUUGGGUUGUGCUUCU